AUGAAGUUCUCAACGGGUUCCAGCUCGAGCAGUCUCGCCAGCGACUCGCUGUCGAGGAAGUCAACUCUUUGCAUCUACACAGAAGUGGAUGCACCAAUGCCACCACCUUGCGAAAGAAUGGACAGUAGUUCAGAAGCUAUGGAGCUGAGACGGGAGCUGGACGCAGUGAGGAGCGCUCUGCAACAACAAUCUGAAUCUGUCCUAAAGCAACGUCAUCAGCUCGUAGAAGCUAGUCAGGCGCUCGCCGCGCGUGACAAAGAUGCUGCACAGGAGCGACGUCUUAGACAAGAUCAGCUCGCGAUUGUUCUUCGCUCUCUAGUCCUUCUAGAAUCCCGUUUGAGCAGAGAACAAAAACAAAUAAAAGUCUCUCUAAUUCAAAAAGAUAAAAUCAUCAAGUCGCAACAGGAGGAAAUCGUCAAACUAAAAGCCCGGAAGUCGUAUUGUAGCAACUGCCAACAACUUCUCGGAUUCACAAGUGAACAAACCAAUAUAGAGACUGACCCAGAAUUUCAGAGUUUAGAAAGUACAGAUUCUAGAUUUCAAAAUAGUUUUGUUAGAAGCUGCAGCUAUCGUGAACGGAAGUCGCCACCGGCUUUCCAAAAAAAUACAAGGUUAAGCAAAAGUUUCCAACUGCCUAAGAAUGAUAUUGUUUAUGCAAACUCAAGUUCAAGCGAAGAAGGCAAUACAAUCAGCAUUGGUAAUAAGGGGACGUUUAUAAAAAAUAAACAAGCCUUCAGCCGACGAGAUGUUUUCAGAAGAUCUAGAAAGUAUUCUGGAAGAAAGAAUAAUGUUAAGAAUAAUGAGCAUUUGCAAAAGAAUUAUAAUAAUCACAUCAAUAGCAGUAGUACUGAAGAAUGUAUCAGCAUGAACUAUCAAGUUAACAAUGACGACACUGAUAUAACAGCAAGUCAAAUUGCAAACGACAUAAGGAGGGCAUCUUUAAAAAUUGAUCAACUAAUUGGUGAAGCGGCUAAAAAAGAAACUGAAAAUACUCAAAGUGACUCCGAUAAAACAUAUUCAACGAAAAUGGAAAGACUCCAUGGAAUAAAACGGCAGGCGUCCGAUGAAAUUAAAGUUAAUAGGCAAAUAUUCCUAAAUAAAGUUUUAAGUGAUGAAGGAGAGGAAAAGCCUUGGUACUGUAAUGUGAGCGAUCCCGAGCAAGAUAUGGAUAGUUUAGACCAAAGAGUUUCUCCUAACGUCACCAAGUCAAACUCCACCGAUAAUCUUUUAAUGGAUGGCUUGAAUAAUGGUAUCCUUAAUGCUGAAAUUAUAUCUGCUACGAAUGAAGUACUUUGCAAUAGUAUGUUGAAAAACAAUAUUAGCGAUAAUUUUAAUAGUAGUUAUGAAGAAAAAUCUGAUAUCUUAGAUUCAAAUAAAAAUAAUCCUGCAGAAGUCAAUGAAAACUGGUACGCCAGUACUAGCGAUGCCGAUGAUACUCCACCUAAUGAAAUAUAUAAAAAUAACCCUGUCUUGGAAUGUGUAAAUCAAAUAUUGCUACAAAAUUCUUUAGAUGACAGCAGUAAUGAUAAUUCUAAAUCAAGUGAAGCACCGAGUCCAAGUCCUAAAGCAGCAACAAAACGAGUUCAAUUCUCCACACUGAAUAGCAUCUCAUAUGAUGACAAAAUAAGAGCAGGCCCAGGUUCCAACCAUACUCUACCAAGAACAGAUAAACGAGCUAACAAAAUCGUUAAAUUCAGUCUUGAAACGGCUUCUGAACAUAGUUAUGAAGUACCAAAUACAGCGCAAGGUUUCCAAUAUGAGAUUCAAAGCAUUUACAGUAACGAAUACGAACCGAUCAUUACAAAAAAUACUGAGCUAAAACCUGCACCCCUUCCACGACCGGCACCUAUCGUAGAUAAAUCAAACACUGUUCCAAAAAUCAAAGGUUCUAUAGUCAAAAAUAUUGCCGCGAACAUAGAAAGUCGAAAUCUCAUGAACAUGGACACUAAAGAUAACUUAGGUUCAAUGAAAUUUUUUAACAAGAGAAAGGUGCCACGAACUCCUCCCGCACUGCCGCCUAAACCAAAGAACUUAUCAGCUAAAUGGAAAGCUGAGAACUCUGUCAAACCAGCGAUAGAGCCUUUAGACUCUGACGCCGUUGCGGCUAAUCAACGGGUUGCAGAUGUUAAGACGAGAAACGUGGGACAAACAGCCACCAUUAAAAACGUGGAACCGGACUACUGCUCCAUUUCAGAGAUAAAUGUUCCAGUAGUCAGUAAUGGCAAGAGAGAAUUGCUACUCACGCAGCCGACAGUCGAAAUUCACAAUGAACAGUAUCCAGUCCACACGAAUCAAAGAGAUAGCGUGGCUAAAGUCGUAUCCUUAACCAGAAUACAGAAUAAAAUAAGCGACAAGGACAUACCAAAACUUCCACAUGUCACUGAAAUUAUUAUUCCCGAUGAAGAUGAUAAACCUAACGACGAUCAUCGAUCUUUUAAUCAAGCUAAAAGCUAUUUAGCAAAUUUUAAUAUUCACGCUCUUCAAGCAAAAUUGGAUCCGCGUGCUUCUAUUCAAAUGGGUAACACGGUGUCUUCCAUACUCUCAGAGAUAAACAAAGGUUCCAAGACAGGUGGAAAGCAGAUAAAUUUAACAGAUUUAGAUAAUCAAUUUAAUCAUGCGCCAAAAAGCAAUGUAGAACCAAGAAAAACAGAAUAUUUUGAUGACAUAGACAAGUUCGAUUUGUCCCAAGAUUUCGAAGAGUUUAAAAUAGAUGAUGAACUCGGUAGUAUUGUCGCAGAGGAAUAUCGAAUAAGCUCUGGAAGUAGCGACGGUUCUAUCUCCGACGUAGUGACUGAAAACAAUCCUGUACCUGAAACUGACAAACAAAAAGAAAAUGAAGAAAAAAAUGACGCAUUUCGCCAGAGCAAUGAGAAUUUGAACAAGACUUGCAAAAAUGCAAAGCUCUCCAACAAACCCGAUCUCCUAUCGAAUAUAGAAAAUGUUGAGACUGAAUCUGUUAGAAAUUCUGAUAUUGAAUCAAGCAACUCUUCAGGCAGCAACAGCGGGUCGUAUAACACGGUUAAAUGCGAACCACGAAUGAUUUUAAAUAACUCUGAAGCUAAUUUCAAUAAAACUAAAGGUAGCUUCGACUUCUUUUUAGAAACUUCCGGGCUUAGCUCAAAAUCUAUAUUCUCUCCUUCUAAAAACUAUUUAGGUUUAAGGCCUCCUAGUGCCAAUCAUAAGAACGUUUUAAAACCUAAAGAUAUAAAGAUGCGAGUCAAAAAUCCUUUAACAACGAACAAAAUCAACGAAAAGCCUAUGACGACUGCUAUCAAAUAUUUUGAGCCUUAUGUG